AUGAAGAAGGCCAGGUCCACCGAGCGCGCGGCUCGAAUCAACGAGCUUGAUUUGAAGCACCAAGGCAGUGUUCAUCAGAUGGACCUGACAGGCCGGGAUGAAGAGGCACGUCUACUCAAACUACGAUUGUUGACGUUGCGCGAUGAGAGUUCCUCACUGAAGGAUCGCCUGGUUCAACGAGAUGCUCUUGUGAAGCAGCUCACUAAACAGGGGAAAGACGCACAUGCCGAGCUCGCCGAAACCAAGGAGAAGCUCAAAGCCCAGGAUAUGCAGCUUAGAAAGCAAGGAAAUGAAUUGGAAGAUCUCAAGACCGAGAUCAAUUCUUUGAAUGAGUUUAGGCAAGACUCAAACAAGGUCUUACAGGAGAAGCUUGCACUCAGUCACAAGCUUGACCAGAUCCAGCCCGAACUUAACCACCUCAAGACGCAACUAGAAACCCAUCGCGCGGUGGUCGCUCAGAAACAAGAUCUCGAACGCCAGCUUAGUUCGGUUGAGGUCGAGCUCGAAAACGAGAAGAGAUCAAAGCAACGUAUGCAAUCAAAGAACAACGACAGCGAUCAAAUAAGAGAACAGUUCGACGAAACCAAGAAAGAAUUGGAGAGCAUCAAGAAAGAAUACAGCAGAGAACUACGAGAAGCCCGCGGCGAAUGCGAAAGACUGGAAGCCCGCGUUGAGGAUACAAGGAGCAAACUCAAGAAGACACAGACAGACCUAAAGGACACACGAGCUGAGCUUGAGUCAUGCCGCGCCGAGCUACAAGAAGCUCGCAAGGUUGUACUAGAGAGCAAGCCAAGCAAGAAGAGUGUUUCCAUGAAGGAGCAGCCCUUUGGAAAGAGACGAGUUCAAGACAUGAGUUUGGAAGACAUCAGUAUCGGAACUCCUGGGCCAGACGAAGCGACACUCAGGCGGCCGUUUAAGAAACGAGGAAUUGAGCGUGCAUUGGCCGGAGAAAAGUCGACAUUUUCAAUUACGCCGUUCUUGAACCGCACGAAGAACCUAUCGGACAACAUGUCUGAUGAGUUGAGCGAGAUUCACUCGCCUACAGCAAAGGCCGUUGACGUACCAGAGCCCAUAGUGCCUCAAGUUGGAGAUGGUACUGAAUUUGGUGAUUCUGUAUCAAUGGAACCCAUCGAAGAAGCGGCAGAGUCGGGUGGGGAGGCUGAAGAUGAUGCCACCACAGAAGAGCAAGAGCAACCAAAGGCUCAGAAGGCCCGAGGCAGACCAAGGAAAGCUCUUGACGAUGCACCCACCACUAAGAAGAACAUGCCUGUCCAGGCAAAGAAAAAGGCAAAGGCAACAAAGGCCUCCAGUAAGCUGGAUGUCCUGACUGAAGAAGUCGAUGUUGGUGAACCAGAGGCGGAGCCAACAGAGAAGCCCAAGAAGAGGUCAGGACUAUCGAAGUCGAACCCUGCUGCAGCAGCUUUACGGCUCGGAGCUGAGGACGCAGACGCACGCAAGAAGAAGCGCAAGGUGCUUGGUGGUGGUACCAAGAGUCUAUUCGACGAUGACGAUGGUGAUGAAUCGGUCCCUAAACCUGCAAAGAUACAGAUGGGGGCUGGUCGUAAACUCAAGGCGCCUCUAGGCGGUGUUCGCAGUGCAUUUGGCGGAGCGACAUUCUCGCCGUUGAAAAAGGACAGACGAGGAGUCGGUGCUAGUUUCCUCCAUUGA